CUCGAAAGAUUUUAUAUAGUCAGAUCGGUUCGCCCAGUGUCAGUCAGUUUAGUGCUUAGAAGCGGUGCGCGUGCUUCGCCAAAACGCAGUGCAGCAGACUUCAUUUUCAAGUAAUAUUUUCGUUUCUUCGGGUUUUUGGUUUUCUUGUGCUCCCCAAGUGGUCAUCUGAGCGGAUAUCGUCAAAUAUAGUCGACAUCCUGUUGUUGGCCAAGAAAACUAGUCACGAUCAUUAUUGCGAAUAUAUUCUCAGCUGGUGUUUCUCUCAAGUGUGCGCUGUGUGAAAAGCAAAAUUCAAAACUAAAUUUGCAAAAUGUUAUCAAAGUGCGCCAUGUCGCAAAAGGGAUUAAAACACUUAAUUGCACUUGUGGCUCUAAUUGCCUGCCUACUCUCGGAUUUACCAGUGGCUCAAGCUGUUCGCGUCGGUACCCCACAACAACCGCAACGCGCCAAGGGUAAACAGCCGGAUCAAACAUCGGCUGGCUCCUACUGGCAACAGCACGUGGCCACACCCAGCAGCUCGACGCCCUUCGACUCGCCCUUCUUUUCGGCGACGCAUGGCCUCGUCCAGACGCACCCUUCACUGGGCGCCGGCAUUCCACGCCCCCCAGUGCCUUUGAAUAGCAACAGCCUGGGCAGCGGCACACCCCCCGCCAUCGUCAAUCCAUCUCUAACAGCUGGCAGCGGCUAUUUGAACUCACGCGGCAGUCUGCCCAGCUCGGCGCGUUAUCCGCCCAAGAUUAGCGGCACCGUUGUCAAUCCCAACCCCAAAUCUCCCUUCCGCCAUUUGGAUUUCUCAACAAGCGCCACAGCCGAACUCCGUCGCAAUCCAGCCCUGUCGGCCCCCGAUGAGUGCGCACGUGCCUGCCGCGAAGGAGAGCCGCCCAGGAUAUGCUACUACCACUUUACUCUGGAGUACUACACAGUUCUGGGAGCUGCCUGCCAGGUGUGCACACCAAAUGCUACCAACACUGUUUGGAGUCACUGUCAGUGCGUUUUGGCCGAUGGCGUUGAGCGUGGCAUAUUGACAGCGAACCGUAUGAUUCCCGGACCGAGUAUUCAGGUGUGCGAAAACGAUAAGGUUGUCAUCGAUGUGGAGAACCAUAUGGAAGGCAUGGAGGUCACCAUUCACUGGCACGGAAUCUUCCAACGUGGCUCACAGUACUACGAUGGUGUACCCUUCGUCACCCAGUGCCCCAUUCAGCAGGGUAACACCUUCCGCUACCAAUGGACGGGCAAUGCCGGCACUCAUUUCUGGCAUGCGCAUACGGGUCUGCAGAAACUGGACGGACUGUACGGCAGUAUUGUGGUGCGACAACCGCCUUCGCGUGAUCCCAACUCUCAUCUGUACGACUUCGAUUUGACUACCCACAUAAUGUUGAUCAGCGAUUGGUUGCAUGAGGAUGCUGCCGAACGGUAUCCCGGUCGUUUGGCCGUUAACACUGGCCAAGAUCCCGAGUCCAUGUUGAUUAACGGCAAAGGUCAGUUCCGUGACCCGAACACCGGCUUCAUGACAAACACACCACUCGAGAUAUUCACGAUUACACCCGGUCGUCGCUACCGUUUCCGCAUGAUAAACGCCUUCGCCUCUGUAUGCCCGGCUCAAGUGACGAUCGAGGGACAUGGCAUGACCGUGAUUUCUACUGAUGGAGAGGCCGUGCAUCCUGUGAAUGUCAACACAAUCAUCUCCUUCUCAGGCGAGCGUUACGAUUUCAUCAUCACUGCCGAUCAGCCCGUGGGUGCUUAUUGGAUCCAGCUGCGUGGUCUAGGUGAGUGCGGAAUUCGACGUGCCCAACAAUUGGGUAUUCUGCGCUAUGCUCGAGGUCCUUAUCAGCCCGCCUCGGCGCCACCCACAUAUGAUGUCGGCAUUCCUCAGGGUGUGGUCAUGAACCCCUUGGACGCGCAAUGUAAUCGUCAGCGAAACGACGCCAUCUGUGUAAGUCAAUUGAAAAAUGCACUCGAUAUCGAUCGUGGAAUCCUUGCUGAGAAACCGGACGUGAAGAUUUUCCUGCCAUUCCGUUUCUUCGUCUACCGCGCUGAGGAUCUCUUCCAGCCGAACACCUACAACAGAUUCUUGGUGGCUCCUACUGGCGAUCAUGUGAUUUCCCUUAUCGAUGAGAUCUCCUAUCUAUCAGCGCCAGCACCACUGACCUCGCAGUACGAUGAAAUCAAUCCUGAGCAGUUCUGUAAUGGUGAUAAUCGUCCAGCCGAUUGUGGACCCAACUGUAUGUGCACCCAUAAGAUCGAUAUUCCACUCAAUGCGAUUGUUGAGGUCGUUUUGGUCGACGAGGUUCAACAACCCAACUUGUCGCAUCCAUUCCAUUUGCACGGCUACGGCUUUAGUGUGAUUGGUAUUGGCCGAUCGCCCGAUUCUUCGGUGAAAAAGAUCAAUUUGAAGCAUGCGUUAGAUCUGGAUAGACGCGGUCUCCUGCAUCGACAGUACAAUCUGCCACCCACAAAAGAUACGAUUGCCGUGCCCAAUAAUGGAUACGUAGUGUUGCGCUUUAGAGCUGAUAAUCCCGGUUUCUGGCUCUUCCACUGUCAUUUCCUAUUCCACAUUGUGAUCGGUAUGAAUUUGAUACUGCAAGUCGGCACCAAUGCCGAUCUACCGCCAGUGCCACCAGGUUUUCCGACUUGUGGCGAUCACACUCCACCCAUACCCAUUAAUUAAGCUAGGCUUUUAAAUCGUCGACUAGAAGAAGAAAACAACACACACGCACACACACACACACACACACACA